CACCCCCCCUCCUCCUCUCUCUCUCUCUCUCCUCCUCCUCCUUCCACUGGCUUCUGCAGCCCUGAUCAUUUUUCCCUUGGGGGUGGAUCCACCGGUCAAGGCGGCAUGGACCGCUUGAACGGUGCCUGCUGCUAUUCUUUGCUAACACCCUUGCUAGCCAGAUUAGCGCCUUUUCCCUGGAUUUAUUUGGGGGGAAAGUUGGAUGAUUAUUCACCCAAUACCCAAUGGUGGGAUUCCUCUCACCAAAUAAGAAUCACCUAUGCCGAGAAUAAAAAUAAUCAUAACGUUUCUUGGGCUUCAUGACUUUUUAGCCCUGAAGCUAACUAAACCUAUCUGGACUAAGCACUUCCCUACUCUCUCCACUUAGGAUUUCCCCUCUAAGUGAAGGGCCGCUUUUCCUAGCAAAGAGAGAGGAUAGGAGAGAGUAAAAAAAAAUAAUAUUGAAAAAAAAAAAGAAAAAUUACAAAAUAAAGACGAG